UCCUGCCUCCGGCCUCUGUCCCCCACCCCCCCUUCCCCGGUCCCGGUCUCUCCUUCAGAAAGAUGUCGGACACGGCAGUAGCUGACACCCGGCGCCUUAACUCGAAGCCGCAGGACCUGACCGACGCUUACGGGCCUCCAAGUAACUUCCUGGAGAUCGACAUCUUUAAUCCACAGACGGUGGGCGUGGGCCGCGCGCGCUUCACCACCUAUGAGGUUCGCAUGCGGGACAUUUCAAGACUGCCCAGGAGUGGCUUCUUCCAGUGUGCACUACAAGAGGACUUUAUUCUCUAGUGCUUAGUCCACAGUGCAAGGAUGGAAUGUACAGAUAGAAUACAUGUCUUGCGGGUUCUUUUGCCCAGUUGAAGUGACUAUGGGCAAAAAAGUUUGAAGACCAUUUUCUGGUUUUCCUUAUGUUUCUUCUCAGACUAGAGGGCCAGAAUAUUCUCUAUGGACAGCAAGCAUCCUGCCCAAACAGCAUUGAAGACCUAAAAGAAUAUAUGUGCUUUCAGUUUUGAAUGAAUGAUUUGAAUGAGAAAGUAUGAUCUCCUGCCUGAGUUUUUGGUUUUUUUUUGUUUUUGUUUUUUUGUGUUUUUGGUUUUUUUUUAAGAGAGAUUUUGGCUAUAGGGUGCGUCUGCUCACCAGAGA